GGCGCAGUCAGACGCUAACGCCAUGCGGCAGUGCCAGACGAGCCAGUGAACUAAACAAUGUUAGAUACGUCAAUGUGAAUAUUAACGUGCUCUUAACAAGUGAAAGUGUCUUUUAGAAUUUUUUAUCAUUGUCACUGAAAGAUGGCGAAACUGAACAAAAUCAUUAUUGCUAUUGUAGUUAUGCUGUUAAGUGUCACCGCUGCUCCAAGUGACGUAGAAAAAUAUGAUGAUGUUGCCAGCGCUGACAAAAUAGAUUCAAAACUCGAUGAAAAAGCUCUAUCAGUAGUGGAUGAAACAGAAGAUAAUACUGAACAAACACAACGACAAAAACGAUGGUACACUCCGUUUGGCAUUCCUCCAGUGAAUCCAGUAUUUUUUCAAAGUUACGCCAAAAGGGACGAAGACUUUAACAGGGGUUAUGCAUAUGACGACCCCUUUCUAGAAAUUCACAGAAGAUUACAGGAUAUCAGCAAUGUAGUCAGACAACCGCCGCCACAACCUCCACCCCAGUUUCCACCAUUAACAACAAGUCAAUUUCCGUUCUAUUUACCGGUGAUUUAUGUGCCUCAAAUAGGAUGCAGCUGUCCACCACAAACUGAUAUUCCUAAUGUGAAUCCAAAUCCAGGUCAAGAAAAUAAUACUCUGCCGGUCGAUAAUGAAAAAAAUAUGACAAUGCCCGAUGGUACACCCAAUCGGUUUCCAGAAUUAGAUGAUCCUAGACAAAAUUUCGGUCUUGUUAUUAACGAAACCGACCCAGACGAUGAAGGAGACGAUGUAGGUAGACCUAUCUCAUUUGAUCCAAUCCAACCAGAUAGACCUAUGAGUAGACCGCCUCCCCCAGUCGAACAUGGUAGUAGUCAAGGUUCAGUUAGCAAUGGUGGUAGUCAGUUUACUUCACCUGCAAAUCAAGCUCCAACUACAUUUAGGCCAACAGUAAACCAAGAAAAUCCGUCAACAGUAAACCCAUUCCAGCCCUCAACAUCAAGUCCAAUACCAGAAGCGCCAAACGCGUGUGAUGGAGCAGUUCUAAGUUGUUGCCAUCAGUUCGAAGUGACGUAUGAUUGCUUUGCAGUUCAAGGGUGUCCUGAUCCAACUUCGUUCGGUAAUCCAUGCGAUCCUAGUGUUAUACUAAGAGUUAUAAAUAGAUUUCAAAGAUUCUAUGGUCAAAGAACUGGAUGAAUCAGAUGUGCCUUAAUUUACCGUAGCAAAAUUGUGAUAGUGUGAAACUGUAAAAACAUGAAUAUUUAGACGUUUUAAAUUUAUUUAUCAGUUUGAGUUAUUAAAGUAAUAGCGAAAUAUAUAAUAUCCAAUUAGCAUACUUACCUCUAAAUUUUGUAUACACAAUAAAGCUCUUUACCCGCGAGCGAUAACAUGUGAAAUUAAUUCCAUAGUCACUCUACUAAAUAAUAAUUAAUCUGCCUAAAAUUUGAAUUGAAUUCAGUGAACAAAUAAUUCUAGUGACAUUAACAAUCAAAAUUCAUUAUGUCGAAACCUGCUGCUUGUAUAACUGUUUCGUCAUUAUAUUUAUACGAUGAUGCCUAUUAGUAACUAAGAUCUCUAUGAUUUGCGCCACUAAUUGCAAUCGAAUGUAUAGUUACCUACUAUUUUAUCUAUAUAAGAUAGAAGUAUUUUGCAUUAUACGUAAGUAAUUAAUGAUAAACUGUAUGUUUUAAUUUACCUUUAAAUAAGUAAGUGUCGUCUCAGUCCUAUGUAUAUUAUUAAUGUCAAGUCAAGUCACUCAUAAUCGAUAUUUAAAUUCAGAUUGAAUUGAACAAGAAAUCUUUUGAUUUUUAUUCUUCUGUUCCGUAUAUAAAUGAGUAACGCAAAUACUUUAUAUUUUCAUCAUCAAUCUGUAAAUGGUUUAUAGAAAUGAAAGUAAACUUUUACCUUUUAAUUAGUGCAUAGGUACCUUUGUGCGCGAGUACGACUCGCACAUUGCCGUUUAUUUAUUACUACGUUCCAAACAAUAAAGAUCUCUGUUCUUACUUUAAAAGUAAUUUCUUGUUUUGAUAAGCAAUUCAAUAAUAAAUACAUAUUUCCUUAAAAAUA